UCUUCACUAGCAGCCAGCUUACCAGCCUUAAAACAAUUGUGACCAGGUUGCAGGAACAGGGAGAGACGACGUUAGCAAAGCUAAUUUCUUUCUCAAAAAGAAAGAUCUCCAUUGGGAAAGGAAGCUUCUGCUAACUCCAUGUCUGUACUGCCUGGGACUUAUCUCAACCUUGCCACUCUGGUUUUCCAUGCAAGAAAAGGAACACUUUUCCCAGAUCCUCUUCUUGGAAAAAGGACGCACCUUUCUCUAACCAAAGAUUUGUGGAGCCAAGUUGCCCCGAUGAUCAUGAACUUGUCUUCUGAGCACUGCAACAUCUCAGAUUGGCUGAGGCUCGAAGCAACAGUGAAGGCCUCUGUGUACGUGGUCACUUUCUCCUUUGCCACAUUCAUCACGGUCAUCAUCAUCGCAAUAGUGUCACAGAAUUCAAAACUUAGGAAAGAGGUCCGAUACAUCUUCCUUUGCCACCAUCUGCUGUGCAUCUCAUCCUACUGUGGCCUGGGAAUGGUUUUCCAAGGGAUGCGGGCCCUGAUGGCCAACAGCCCCGUGCUGAUGUGCUGGUUGGUGUUUGGGGCCCAGAUAAGUUUUGGAGAAGGGAUCCUCUUUACUCUGGCCUUGAUGGCUGUCAACACUUACCUGGUCAUUUGUUGGCCAUUGAAAUCUCUGUCCUUUGUAGAUUCAGUUAAGUAUAGAAUCCUGGCUGGGACUUGGAUAAUGAUUAUACUCAAGAAUGUUUGUUUAUUCAUCAUAGAGGGCACCAACUCCACUUCGGUUGCUGUUUUAAAACUAGAGCCCCUUUGCCCCGUGAUUUUUAAUGGUACCCCUGCCAGAGCCAUUGGCAUGAUUUUCUUUCUCCUUCCUCUAGCUAUAAUUCUUAUAAGUUACUCUCUAAUAUAUCAAGAAGGCAAACGUGCUGGCCAUUUUAAUAGGUCAAAUAUCAAAGCAAGAAAAACAGUCCUAAUUCAUUUUUUGCAGAUUGCCUUACAUGUAAUACCAACCCUGAUAUUUAUAGGUUUGGGAAAGAUGUGUGGAGUGUUUUUCUUCACUUUAAAUCUGGUGCUUUUUGGAGUCUUUUCAUUUGGCCAGUGUUUUAACCCUCUGAUCUAUGGGCUCUGGAAUACCGAGCUGCAAAGCAGAUUAUGUCAUUGGAUAGGCUGUCAACUGUGGUAUAGUAGUCACACAACGAACAGCAGAGGGCAAGUUUAAAGAAAAACUCAGCCAUUUUGCGUCAAUAACCCUAGUCCUAGUGGACCAUCAGCUAGGGUGAAGGACUUGCCUUUUACUCAACCUAACAUUGGUGCAUUGACUUGAUAUUGAAAAUAAUAUUAGUAAGUCAAAGCUUCAUCUGGCUUACAAACUUUGCUGCUGCAUACACUGAUCUGUCCUCAGAGAAAUCGUUUUAUGUCUUUAAUUUUAAACCCAGAUCAACAUUUUGGCAGCAUGCCUUCUUGUGUUGCAGUAGUUGAGCAACUUUUGAGAAUGCUCCUGUUUUUAGAGACUGAGAAGUAGUCCAUAGUUGAUAUGAAGGGAAGAAGUUUGGCUGUUCCCCUUACGGUAAUUAGGGAUAAGUUAUAAUAGAGCAGCAACAAAAUAACAGUGACUUUAAAAAGUUAGAGGUCAUUAUUUUUUCUUAUGUAAAAGAAAUCUGGAGGUACACAAUCCAGACCUAUGGGGCAAAUUGUUCUCAGGGCAUAUUCUCUUUUCCUUUGACAUGAUCUGCAUAUUACCUCAUGACCCCAGAUGGCUGUCAGUGCUAUCAUCACACUCUCACUCCAACCAACAGGAAAGAGCAAGGGGCAAAGAAGAGUCAGUACUCUCCUUCUGAAGACACUUUCUAGGAGUUACAGAAAACAUUUUUUCUUACAUUUAACUGGCCAAAAUUUAGUCAUAUGGCUAUGGGAAAGUCAUAUGGCUUUAGGAGAGAGUGGGGAGAAAUUUUAGCUCGUAGUAGUGCCUCCAACUACCCAGUUAAAAAUUAGGGUUCUUAAUACUAAGAAAGAAAGGAAGAAUUGAUAUCAGGAAGCGAAACUAUCCCCGGGGUCAUUUUCUCAAUAAAAUUAAGUAUAAAGGAAUACAAUGGAUGCAUUAUGAUUGUCACAAAAAUAUAUUCUGCCUUUCAACAUGAUAAACAAAUACAGCAUUAGCUGUUCAGGAUUCCAGGAAACUUUGUGUCAUGUCAACAGCUCUCAAAGAGAAUGGCAUCAAUAAACAGAACACUGAACUGGUUUAAAUAGAAUUAACGCGUUAUUUAAAUCUAAGAAAGUUUGAGACAUCAGUAUGACAAAUUCUUUCAGAUAAGUUUAUAUAUGAAAUUUCUUUACAUGAGACAUCCAUCUGUGAAUCAGUCAGGAUUCAUUUCUAGAAAAAGGAAUUACCACUUUAGGUAUUUAAACAUAAAGGAGCUAAUACAGGAAUUAGAUGCUUACAAAGUCACAGGAAGGGUUGGAGGAGUGGAAGUUAGGGCCACCGUUGAUUGAUGUCAAGAGUCAUCUACUGCAGCUGUGAUCUGGAGGUCAAGCAGCUGCUUCCACCAUGGCCCCUGCUGCCUCAUGCCACUCAUAGCUCUGUGAUUUUGUUUGCCAAAAUAAACAGCAACAGGAAGACAUUCCAUCCUCCAGUUCUUACUUGAUUGCCUCUAAUUGGUGAAACAUACCUGGCAUCCAGGCUCUAAGAGCAAAGUAGUCUGGGAAAUGUAGUUACCCCAAAAGGAGUGUGACAUGAAGAUUGAAUGAGGUCCAGCAUUACAAUAUUUAGCUUCAUUUACAGGUAACAACAACAACCACAAACUAUGAUGACAACAAAGAAAAUAGAUACCAUGUAUUGGGCAACUAUUAUGCUCCUGACACAAUGUAAGCCAUUUUAUAUACACUACUAGAGGCCCAGUGCACGAAUCCUGCAUGGGUGGGGUCCCGUGGCCUGGCUGGCGAUUGGGGCUGAUCGGAGCUGUC